UUACACGAGAGGAGCACCUCGUGGUCGAAACUUUAAAGACUACUGUAUAUACAUUUCAAUACAGCCGUCCGAUAUGUGAAGUACCUGGACGAAAAUGAUGAAUUUACAGCUACACUUAACGAUUAUAACACCGGACAGACACGAGAAGAAACGUUUUCACACGUUAUUGUAGCAAAUGGUAUUUUCAACACACCAAAUCUCCCACAGUUCCCUGGUAUGAACGAGUUCAAAGGUCGCAUUCUGCAUUCGCACGACUUUCGCGACGCUAGGGACUUUACUGGACAAAGGGUAUUGAUUAUUGGCGCUUGUUAUUCCGGCGAAGAUUUUGUAUUGCAGCUUCUUAAAUUCGGCGCGAAAAACGUGAUUUUCGCCUACAGGUCGAGACCUAAAGGAGUUACAUGCAUAAUGCCUGACGGUAAAGAAGAGAGACCAAUGGUUGAGCGCUUUGAUUUUGAUAAAGCCUACUUCGAAGAUAAGUCAUCUGCAGAAAUUGACGCAGUAAUUUUAGCUACAGGCUACAGGAAUUAUUUCCCCUUUCUUGAAGACAGACUUAGGAUACCGGAAGAAUCACAUGUCUAUCCAGAGGGUUUGUACAAGGCUUCCUUGUUUUACAGAGCAGGAAACAACCGACUUUUCUAUGUAGGUGUUCAAAUACAGUUCAACACGUUCAAUUACUUUGAAGUGAUUGCAAACUGGACUUGCAAGUUUAUCAUUGGCGAACUUGAAGAUGAACCGAAAGAACAAAAGCAGAUGGAGGCGGAUUCGAAUGAAUGGCAUAAACGUGCCUGCGCAUGCGCUUCUGAAACGGAUGUAGUUCUGUUUCAGACAGACUUGAUUGACCAUCUAGCAAUACUUGGUGGAUAUAACAGAACGGUCGCAAAGAACAAGGAAGCAAUGAUGGAAUGGAUCAGGGUGAGAAAGGAAAGCUUGGGGCUUGCAAAUUACAGAGAUAAUUGAUACCAGAGCAUGUAUACAGGCUUGGUAUCACCCAAACAAACACCGUUUAUGCAAAACUACGAUGAAAGCGUUGAAGCCUAUCUGAAAUGUAAAUAAACUAUUCGAGACAAAAGAAUACAAAUACUUUUAAAAUUUUCACAGUAUGAAUUGGACUUUAGUAGACAUUCUUCUUAGAAACAUUUUCUACAUUCCUUACCGGGAUUGUGAACAUGAACAUAUAAAACUUAUUCAUCCAUAUAUUUCAUGGAACAGCAUAGAAAAUCAGUUAACUGACUUUAAAGUACUUGUUUGGUAUAAUUUCUCAAAGCCUCCCACAGAAUUUCGAGAAGUUAUAAAUGUCUUCAUUUGCAUACAAACAUGCCGUUUACCUUAUAGUAUAAUACGAGAUUGGUUCAUAUUGUAUUUUUGUACGCUUAUGUAACGUUUUUUUUUAUCUCUGACGAACUCACUCUGUAUCUUUAUUAUAUACACUGUAUCUAGUAGAUCUGAUAAGCCUUCUCAUCAAACGCCUUUUGGGUCGUUUAAAUUCGCCUGGUACUUUGACUUGGUCAUAUCAGUGAUAUUUAAAAUAUGAUAUUAUAUAGAGACCGAAUAGCUGUGGCACAUUUAUCACCUCUCAUGAACAGACUCAAUUAUUGUGCAGUUUUUAUUCCAGAAUAGAUUCUUAUUGGCUACUAAAGGAUAUAUGAAAGUAAAAUGAAAAUUUACAUUUUGCGAUAAACAGGUCAGUUCUUUUUUUCGGUAUUGAAAUGACGACACAAAAGUAAAGAAUUACUAUCUUCAAUGUGGAAAGCAAAUUGCACGUGUCCGUUGCCUGAAGUAACAAUAAUUUGUAAUAACUUUAUUUAAAGGAGGUAACACAUAAAAACAUGUAACAGUUCUGAAACAUAUUACAAAUCUUACGUUUCAAUGUGGAUAUAUAUUUCUGUGGGAAAAAAGAAUAAAACGAAAUGCAUCAACACAAAAAUGGGUAAAAUAUGCUGAUCCAGUUAUAAUGAAAACAGGAAAAGAAGAUCAAUUUACGUGUUGUACAUUCAAACACAACAUUCUAUCUUGACAAAAACUGAAAGGAAAUGUCAUUCAAAAGAAAGAGAAAGUUGCAACUUCCUCAGAUCCUAACAGCUAUUUUUCCUAUUCUGUAUUUUUAUUUUAGAUUCGCACUACGGAUAUCCUUUUCAAUGAUAUUCCAUAGAUCUACUUUAGCCCUAGUAUAGCAAAUAUUGUUUUCAUACAUGCGAUAUUUAGGUAUGUACAACUGAUCUGCGGUCAUAGAUUUCAUUCUGAAAAAAAUCUUGAAAUAUAAGAUGGUACGCCUCUUUUUGUAGUUUUAUAUUUUCAUAUAUAUUUAUAUAUAUUCAUAAUAUAUAUAACUAGAAUUGUAAUUGAGUGCGUCAGAAAAUUCCAUCUGUCCAAAGUCGUUGAGCAUUUCAAAUUGACUUGUGUGCAUUUGUUUAUUACUGUUCCUUGAAGCGGAAAAAUCGGUAUGUAUAUAUAU